ACACCUACCCAUUGAGCCCUUAAGAACUCGCUCUGGGUUGGAGCCGGUACUGGGCUGCGAACCUGUACCUACCAGCCUGUAGUCCGAUGGCUUAACCACUACGACACCGAGGCCGGUUUUGGCUCUACGUCCAACUUAAUAACGUCAAUAACGUAUUAAUAAUUACGUAAAUAGGCUUUUGAGAAUCUUCCAAAUGUCCGACACGUUAAUGCUGGAUUUACUGUUACUAACUUGUCGUAAAUGGAUUUGAUUAGCCAAUCAAAUUACGCUUUAUAUGUAGAGUGAAUUAGAUUUUUUUUUUUUUUUUUUUUUUAAACAUACCAACUUUUUUCCUUUUCAGAAAUAUGCCAAUCAAAACCGGAAGCGAUAUGAAAUUCGAGACUGACUUGGAGACAGACGUGUCAGAGUUUGAUGAUGACAGAUGUUUCGACUUCGAUGACGACGAUGACGUCACAGAAGGUGAAGACCAACCGGAUUCCACGACAAGUGAUACAGUGUCAAUACUCCCAGAAGCGGACAAACGCGAAGCUAAAAAAUCCAAAACAGGGAGGAAGGGGAACGAUAAAAAAGACGAACCAAAAUUGCCCAAAAAGAGAGGCCCCAAAAAGAAACGAAUGACAAAAGCUCGGCAGGCUAAAUUGCGCGUUCGCAGAGUAAAAGCCAAUGCACGAGAAAGAAACAGGAUGCACGGACUGAACCACGCCCUGGAUGAACUUCGCCAACACGUGCCUUGCUAUUCUAAAACACAAAAGUUGUCAAAGAUAGAGACUCUGAGACUGGCUAGAAACUAUAUUUUUACUCUAGCAGAUAUUUUGAAAAGUGGCGUCCGCCCGGAUAGCGUUUCGUUCGCCAAAGCUCUUUCAAAAGGCAUGUCGCAGAACACAAUGAACAUGGUCGCGGGCUGUCUGCAGCUGAACCCUCGAACCUUACUCCCCGACUCCCCUUUCCCCAAGCCUUAUCAGUUCAUGUACGAAAACCAGGUGGAAUUCCCGUCUCCCAUUUCAUCCGACUCCUUCUCUUGUGCCUUCCCUCCAAUAACGUCCUCGGUGAGCGAGACUCCUCCCUUUGAGCACCAAAGGCACAUAUCUCAGUCUCAGUUGUCCCCCUACUCUCAUCAUCUCAACCAGUGCCUUUCGUUUGGAUCUGCCCACCUGAGAAACAACACUGCUGCAAUCAGUGGAGGCGGCCACGUCCAGAGUCUGCAGCCAGGGAUGGUAACCCAGGCGAAUUACAUGCGUUGUGAGAUCCCAUCAUGUAGGAGUUAUCCUUCUGUGGGGAUAGGUCCGGCAGGUGGCGCUUAUAGCGACGUAGUCGUGGACAGUACCCAGGAUUGUGGGCAGUACGUAUUACCUGAAGAUCUAGCAGACUUUCAGGCGGAAACAGCUUUAGACCACGAACUUGGAAUAAUAAGUUCAACAAAUGGACUUUUUGACGUCAAUGUCAAUGGAUAG